UCUUCCUAGUUGAAGGAACAUGGCUGAACUCAUCCUUUCAUUUUUCCUGUCUGUGUUGUUUAUAGUUGUUCUGAGCCUUUGUUUGCGUCAUUUCUUCCCAUUGACCACAACAAAGCGGCCUGCACCUCCUGGGAGCUUCGGCUGGCCUUUACUUGGUGAAACUUUCAGUCUUCUGCGACCUCAUGCAUCAAACGAACUUGGGCAGUUCUUGUCUGGCCACUGCUCUAGGUAUGGGAAAGUGUUCAAGUCUCAUCUGUUUGGCUCGCCAACUGUAGUCUCCUGUGAUCAUGAGUUGAAUACCUUCAUCCUUCAAAAUGAAGAGAAGCUCUUUGAGUGCAGCUAUCCCAACUCUAUCCAUGGUGUACUGGGGGAGUCCUCCAUGCUGGUUGUGGUUGGAGAGAAGCACAAGAGGCUGAGAAGCCUUGCUCUCGCACUCGUAUUUGCAGCAAAAUCAAAGCCUGAGUUUCUCAUCGACAUUGAGAGAACUGCGAUCUUGGUCAUGGAGUCUUGGAAAGACAAGGAUGAAGUUGUCUUUUCUGCUGAGGCGAAGAAGUUCACAUUUGAUGUGAUAGUCAAACAGAUUCUCAGUUUGACGCCGGAUGACCCCAGAACAACAAGAAUAUUGGAAAGUUUCCUUACUUUCAUGAAGGGGUUGGUCUCCUUUCCUCUCUAUAUUCCUGGAACACCAUAUGCUAGGGCAGUGCAGGCCAGAUGUGAGAUACACACCAUCGUGAAAGCUGUUCUUGAAGAAAGGAGCAAUGCUGGAGAACCGUCUAGAAACAUGGGGGACUUUCUUGAUGUACUUAUUUCAAACACCACCUUAUCUGUGGAUGAGAAAGUGAGCCUUGUGGUAGACCUUUUGUUAGGUGGCCACGAGACCACCUCCUUGUUGAUCUCUAUGAUGGUCUACUUUCUUGGUCACUCACCAUCUGUCCUCAAGCAACUAAGGGAAGAACAUAUAAAAAUUCGUAGAAGAAAACAGAAGCGAGAGUUUUUAAAUUGGGAGGAUUAUAAUGCUAUGGAAUGCACGCAACAGGUGAUCAAUGAGGCUCUGAGAUGUGGGAAUGUGGUGAAGUUUCUGCACAGGAGGGCCAUUAAGGACGUCAAAUUCAAAGAUUACUUUAUUCCUGCCGGAUGGAAGGUGCUCCCCGUUUUCAGUGCUGUACAUCUUGAUCCAUCUCUUCAUCUAAACGCACAUCAAUUUCAUCCAUGGAGAUGGAAGGGCCAUACAUCAAGUAAGAAGUUUACACCCUUCGGAGGAGGACCUAGGUUUUGUCCGGGCUCUGAUCUGGCAAAAGUGGAGACUGCCUUCUUCCUCCACCAUUUUCUACUAAAUUUCAGCUGGACGGCACAUGAUGCAGAGGAGCCGACGGCCUACCCCUACGUAGAGUUCCGGCGAGGCCUCACCAUUCAUCUGCAGAGACUUCCAGCUUCCUCCUAGCCUUCUCUCUCACUGUAAGAGAGCAAGAGAGAAAGGGAGGCAGUGUGUGUGUGUGUGUGUGGACGGGUGCGUGCAGCAAAGAGAGAGUGUGUGUGAGGGGAAAAUGAUACUUCAUGUGUACGUUGGGGAAGGAGGAGGAGGAGAUGGAAGAAGAUGCUGCAGUACUGCCUGCCUGCGUGCCUGCCGGCCUGCCUGCGAGCAGCGGCAGCAAAGGCAGCAGGGUGCACGUGUAGUUGGUACGUGGGAAUGGACAUUCUACACGUGCCGUCCUCAGCCGUUUCUGUCAGGCGAAGGGGGGCACGUGGGGGCCUAGGUCUCUUU